AUGGGCAAUCUUAUCACUGAUCGAGGAAUGCAGGCAGACCCAGAGAAGAUAGCAGCAAUCUCGGAAAUGGCUCCACCACGAAACAAAGCAGUGCUCCAAUGCUAUGACCUCAAUAAACCAGUCACACUUCAAGUCGACGCAAGUGAAGAAGGUGUGAGCGGCGCCCUCCUCCAGCCCAACAGCGAAGGACGCCUCCAACCCGUCGCCUACACAUCCAACAGCCUCAAUGCAACAGAGCAACAAUACUCUCAAAUAGAAAAAGAGUGCCUGGCUAUCUGCAAUGCAUUUGGAAAAUUCGACCACUGGCUCUAUGGCAAAUCUGACAUAGAAGUCCAUACGGACCACCAGCCCGUUGAAACAAUUUGCAAAAAGGCCCUGCACAAAGCCCCAGCACGACUACAGAAAAUGCUGAUGAGACUGCAGCGAUACCGCUUCAAUAUCAAGUACAAGAAAGGUACCUCGCUUUACCUGGCAGACAACCUUUCCAGAGCCGCACUGCCUACCCCAGUUCACGCCCGGAUCACAGACUUUGAAGUAUUCAGGACUGAAAUCACAGAGGAAUCUGAUACACACAACCCACGCCUCACAGAAACCACCCAAUCCCGCUUACGCGAUGAAACCAAAAAAGAUGAACACCUCUCCAAGUUAAUGACCACAGUUGCUCAAGGCUGGCCAGAUGAAAGAAAGAAGGUACAGCACCCUCUUCGACCAUACUGGACCUACCGGGAUGAACUAACAACAGACAAUGGCCUUAUCUACAAAGGUGCACAAGUAAUGAUACCACAGUCCAUGCAAGAGGAGAUGCUGCUCAAAAUCCAUGCAGACCACUUCCGCCCCGAGUCUAAUGUACGCAUGGCACGAGAAGUGCUAUUCUGGCACGGGAUGAGACAAGCAGUCUUUGAUAUGUGCAAUGAUUGUAGUUACCUGUGGAAAGUAUGGUUCAAAGUCAACAAAGGAGCCCAUGAAGUCACUCCCCAUCCCCACACUGCCAUGGCAGAUAAUCAGCCAAGACAUCUUCAAGCACAAACAGAAAGCUUACCUUGUGACAGUAUGCCACUUUUCUGA